AUGUUGCGCGCGGCUCUGGCCCGUGCCAUCGUCUCAGGAGGGCAGUCAUCGACAUCCGCGUUUCACACGUCCUCAAUUGUGCGCGCUGGCCUGAACAAAACGAAGCAGAAGGCUCGCGCAAUAAGACGCUCCAACACCGAACUCAAGGCCGAACGCCAACGUCUCGAUGCCGAGAGACGACCCCAUGUCGUUCUAGGGACUCGUCCCGGGGAGGAGGAAACGCUGUGGGCCCACUGCGAUCUCGCAAAAAUCAUUAUUACUUCAAAGGAUGUCGAAGCGGUGUCGACCAGCACGCCUCCCCGUCACUCUCGCGUUACGCAGGCCGCUCCCGAGGAUGGAUUUGGAGAAGAGUACAAAUUCGACCUACCCAACGUAGACACCGUCAAGUUGCCUCCGCAUCUCAAUUACGGUGUCUCCGGCGCACAGCAGGAAGAGCUCGUCCGCAUUCUGCCUGCUCUCACGGCGCAAUCCCGAGCGGAACAAUACCAAACGCAACAAUCCCUGUACACUUCUCAUUAUGUGGCAGCUCUCCCGGCGGCGCUCAACCAGGAAGUACAUAAAGCCAACAUGCUUGGGAAGGUUAUGGACUUGAGGAAUGCGAAUGCUGGUGGCAUAGCCUACGAGAACAGGAGGAGGAUAAUUGCUGCCUUUUCUGAGCCUGAGAAACCCCAAGAUACAGGGAGGCCAGAAGUACAAGCCGCGCUCCUGACCCUGCAAAUACGUAACCUCUGGUCGCACUUGACACGGUAUAAGAAAGAUAUCCGCAACAGACGGAGCUUGCGCGAGCUUGUGCACAAGCGAGCAAAAAUACUUAAGUAUUUGAAACGCAAGCAUCGUGACCGUUAUGAUAUCGUGCUGGAGCGGUUGGCCCUUCACCCAGAGGCCGUGGAAGGGGAGCUAGUAGUCUAG